AUGAGUCACGCAGUCUUGCUGGCUACAACGACAUCUGCGUCGCUUCUCAACGUUGUACCCUCAAAGGCAACGUCCAGCGGAGCCAUCAAGCCGCUCAACCUAGACGGCGUCCGCUGUGCAGCAUGGGUUAGCGAUGGAAACGCCAUCGUCGGCCUACAAAAUGGACGUGUAGAAAGGCUUGAUCAAUUUACGGGGAAAACGGAAAAGCUGUACACGCUUUCAGAGCCUGUCGUUGCGAUAGUUGUGCGCGAAACGCAAGUAAUUAUCGGUGGCGCUUCAAAACUCGUCGCACUCAACGCGUCAACUGGAAAAGUAGUGAAUCUAGGUAUACGUAUUUCAGGUGUUUUGAAGUCGUUGGCGCUUUCGCCUGAUAAAGAAUAUCUUUGCAUGUUGAUGGAGACAAGCGCAUUGAUUCAUCAUUUUGCCACCAACGUCCAGACGACGCUCGUUUUCCAACAAUUGUCCCUUCCGAUUACUAGCGUCGCGUUUCUACCUCUAAAGCGCGUUGUUCUCGCCGUUGCAUGUGGGAAUCAGCUGUUACUCUACGAUAUUGCCAAACAAAAUGCUCUGAUCAAGACGCUUGAACUUGAAACUGCCGAAAGGAUCAUCGACCUGGCUUAUUCUACUAGCACACGAGGAUCCUUGCUGCUCGCCACAUUUGAGGGCUACAUCUAUGGGUUCGAUAUGGAAAAGGACAAACUCACCCGCUUUGACGCAAAGCUCGGCGAGGGUGUGAAAUCUAUUGCAUCCUUGGGGCUGGGUUACGUCGUGGCUGGCACGACCGGUGGACAUAUUUCUCUUCUUCAAGAGGGAGCCACGACGUUGCAUCCGUUGAAACAGCUCGAGGGUGAAUGCGUACACCUGGUGUCUACUCAGAGAAAGCUUUCCAUCACACGAGCAGUCCCUGUGGCUACCCGCGGAACAUCGGCCACGCGCAAACAGCCACUCACAGAUGCAAAUCCUCGAACAAGUGCCACAGCUCCUAGGAAGGCAUCUGCUGAACUUGAAGCCGCGAAAGUGACACGUCUCCGCCAAAAGCCAUCCCAGGGCAGCAUUCCUGGCUCACCAAUGCAAACUCGCAAGCAAAUGUCACGGCAAGCUUCUGGCUUGAGUCAAGCUGACGUAGACAAACCAAUGACACCAAUUUCUUCGGCAGCAAGCCCGCUAGCCCGGCGAGCGCCGUCAAUCAGAACCGCCUCCCCUCGCUCCUCCAAGGCUAGCUCACCAGCCAACAGUCCGACCGUAAAGCUAUCGGUCACAGGCGCGAGCCAUUCUGGGCAAAAGCCUGUCAACGUUGCUAGUCGACGCUCAUCUUCAACCACUUCGAAAGCAGCUGGUGAUCAAAGUACGAACCCAGAUCUUCCAGGGGUCAGUGAAGUGUCUGCCAUUUUCAACGCACGUUGCAGCACCCCACCAGGUCGGCAGCAUUCGGUCGAAAGGGGAAGUAUCACGCCCAUACUGGCUAUAGAUCUUGGUGACUCGCCGCCAUCCUCUCGUCCGCGCAAGUCUACGGUCAGCUUCAGCUUUCACCAGGACAAGGAGAAUGAGCCGAACACGACAAUUGAUAAACGUCAGAAAGUCGCCCCUAAACAAAAGACAAUUCAAAGGCAGCCAACAAGAGGCAUUACUCCCUCCAAACGAAAUCCAAUCGACAACGUUUUGGCAGCAGAAUCGAUGCAGGUGUCUCCCCUACGCUCGCCCGCUAGGCCACAAAUCCCACAGUCCACGGACAUCAAGGAGUUUAUUCAGAGUGUGGUCAAGGAAGCUAUGCGCGAACGAGAAGAGGAACAGCGUGAGGAGCUUCGAGCUUUGCAUCUCGAUGUCGUAAAGAUGGGUCGCAUGUGGAAGAAUGAACUCCGCACCUUGAUGGAAGAGUAUGUUGGUGACUUUAAGCAACUACACCAAGAAAACGAGCGGCUCAGGGCGGAGAAUGAGCGCUUACGACGAGGAUACUGA